GGGUAGGAGUCCAGCCGUAAAAAAGUUGCAGGGUACCCACCCUCAACUCAAGAACUCCGGCCAUUUCCGGGUUUGGUUGGCGAUAGAAGCCGUCAGGUUCUCGCUUUGUCGCUUCUUAUAAAAUAUAUGCCUUUCUUAGUUUUUUUUAUUGCUACCGUAGUCCUCCCUUUCUUCUUCUUCUUUUUAUUCUUCUUCUUCUUCUUAUCCUUCUUCUUCUUCGUUGCCCUCACCAACGUCCAAAAGGUCUCCUUGCCCUCAGCCCCCCCACCUCUCCCUCGCGUCCGUGUCUUGACGCAGAGGGAGCGAAAGAGAGAGACCGACUCUUUGAUAGCAUGGAGCAUCGACGGCCACCUUCACGUUUAUGAUCCAUUAGCUAGCCUCCAUCGCCAUGGUGGAGAACACAAGCCGUCCUCAAUUAUAUGCAGCUUCGUCUUUCAACAAGAUCAUCAGCAAAGGUUGACAGAGAAAUAGGUCGAAUAGAUAAACAGAUAGAUAUUGAGAGAGAGAGAGACAGAGAGAGAGAGAGGGAGGGAGAGAGGAACUUUCUUCUUAAUCUUCGUGUGCUCUCCGCUUUUUCUUCUUUUUAUGGUUGAAGUAUUUUUAUCAUGGCCGCUGGUAAGGAGAACCAACUGCAGCUACAAGAAGAAGGGAUGCUUCAGACUUCAUCGGCGAUUCCUUCAAAUUUCAUGUAAAAAGAACGGAGAGCAGCGGUAAUAAUGGGAGUUACGACCUUGGGGAGUUGGAUGAAGCGCUCUUCUUUUAUCUAGACGGCCAUGGUCAUCAUCAUCCACUCGCUGCACAAAGGCAGAGUAGUUCAGUGAUUAGACCACCAACUUUGAAUAUUUUUCCUUCUCAACCCAUGCAUGCAGAUUCCACUCAAGAGAAGGCGGUAAUGGUCUUAGCAAACAGCAAAAUUGAAUCGGAACCCGUGCUGCCUUCCCAGGACAGAAACUUGCCUUCGAAGGGCACCUGUAUCCAAUUAGGGUUCGAUUCCCCGGCAAGCAGCGUUACCAAGAGAUCUUCUGAUCAGGCCAUGGAGUUGGCGAGUCCAAGAACGGACCGGACAUCUGGGCGUGGAGUAGAGAAAGAUGUCAAGAAGGAUGGAAAUCGCAAAGGUCCAACGUCAAGUUCAGAUCAGGAAGGACCAAAAACGCCAGAUGCCAAGACACUAAGAAGGCUAGCGCAGAAUAGGGAAGCAGCAAGGAAAAGCAGGCUUAGGAAAAAGGCCUACAUUCAGCAGCUAGAGUCUGGCAGGAUAAGGCUAACUCAGCUUGAGCAGGAGUUACACAGAGCAAGAUCUCAGGGAUUAUUCUUCGGGGGAGCUGUACUUGGUGAGCAAGGCUUACCUAAUGGCAACACCAAUUUGAGCGCAGAUGCUGCAUUAUUCGACAUGGAGUAUGCGAGGUGGCUGGAGGACAACCACCGGCUGAUGUGCGAGCUCCGGGCCGCGGUACACGAGCACCUGCCGGAGAACGAGCUGAGGCUGUACGUCGACAACUGCCUGGGUCACUACGACGAGAUGAUGAAUCUCAAGGCCAUGAUCGUCAAAUCCGACGUCUUCCACCUUCUAUCCGGCAUGUGGAAGUCGCCGGCUGAGCGAUGCUUCAUGUGGAUGGGAGGAUUCCGGCCGUCGGAGCUACUCAAGAUAUUGGUUCCUCAAAUAGAACCUUUGGCUGAACAACAGUUUCUAGGCAUAUGCAGUCUUCAGCAGUCAUCUCAACAGGCAGAAGAUUCACUGAGUCAAGGGAUGGAGAAUCUUUACAGGUCUCUCUCUCAUACCGUUGCCUCUGGUUCCUUAAAUUCUCCGGCCAACAUGGCUAACUACAUGGGCCAAAUGGCGAUUGCCAUGAACAAACUCUCCAACGUCGAAGAUUUCAUCGUCCAGGCCGAUAAGUUGAGGCGGGAGACACUGCACCAGUUGCCAAGGCUGCUCACAGUGCGGCAAGCAGCGCGCUGCUUCCUUGCCAUCGGCGAGUACUUCCACAGGCUUCGUGCUCUCAGUUCCUUGUGGCUGGCUCGGCCCAAGCCAGAGUGAAUACAUAAGUGCGCACACACACACACACAUACAUAGGGACUAAGAACAAAUUAAAAGGAAUGUCCAUUAUCAUCUCUUCCUCUCUCUGUACAUGUCUGCCCACACCCAUAAAGGCACAAAUAGUUACUCUUGUAUACAGAAGUAUAUAAAUGGAGAGAUGGUUAUGUGCACUCGGUGGAUCGUAUACAGCUCUCAGUAUAUGACAUGUAGACUCUUGGCAGACUUUCAGGAUUCCCCUGACCUACUCCUAAAGAAAAUUGUCAUGUACACAAGCUUAUGCACUUAUGUAUUGUGCCCCAGCUUGUGCAUAUAACCAGCUUUGUUAUCA